GGCUCCUCCUGUGGAGCUGCUUUCUGGUUGUGGUGCUGAACCAACGCCUGUGUUGUGUUACCGCUGAGCGAAUCUCCAUCCUCCGGCUUCCUCUCCUCUUCCUCCUCUUCCUCCUCGACCAUGCCGCUUUGAGAGCGCGUGUCCCCCGCCAGCAGCCAGCAGCUCGCCCCCGGGUCGGCGGUCAGGAACAUGUCGCUGUAGCGGAGGUGUGCGAUGGAUGAGUAGUGUUUGUGUUCGCAGGAGCAGUAUGGAGUCGCUGCGCUGUCCCGUCCUCAUCGCGGCGUUGGCCGUCAGCCUGUGCUCCUCACUUGUCCUCGGGGACAGGAAAUUCGGUUGCCUGUUUGAAGAUGAGCUGUGUGCGCCGUACGAGUUCUGCGUCAAUGACGGGGUGUUCGGACGGUGCCAGGAGUUGGCCGGUGCUCAGCUGUACACGUACGAUAUAUCUCCCUCUGCUCUGCAGCGCCUCAGGAUCCUGCUGCAGAAACUGGCUCACAGAGGUCUGACGUGGCAGGACGACAUCACUCAGCAGGUUAUCUCCAGAGAGCUCUCCAAGCUGAGGAAUGUCCCCCUCCGCCAUCAGGCCACGCCUCUGAGCCCCUCCGACCGCCCCAGCGCCUACAGCAGCUCCAGAGACAGAAAAGUGAGGCCUGCGCAGGUGGAGCUGAGCAAAAACCUCCAGCAGUACCUGACGGGUCUGGGCUUCCAGCCUCAGGCCGAGGUAGACGGCCAACGAGAGGGAGCCAGAGUUCAGAAUGAAGACAUCAAGUCUGAUGGUCAUUUGGAGUCCGGCUGGCCCAAACCCCAGCAGGGCUGGAAGACAACCCAUGUCUACAGCCUGCAGAAAGGAGCCGAACAUCCUCCUGUCACCAAAGUCUUCACGCAGAGUGGAGAGGGCCGGCACCCCAAGCUCAGUGCAACCCUCUCCAACCAGGACCCAGCCAGGAGCAAGCUGCUCUCCAGCCAGCUAGAGCGGCUUCUUGCCGUGGCACCAGUCGCUCAGCAGGGCUCCCCGGGUGAAGAGGCUUCCUGGCCCGAAGGAAAACUCCAUUACCUGAGCUACAUUCGGCCGGCUCUGAGUGAAAAUGCAAAGCCGCAGCCUCAGGAGGCUUUUGGCUCCAAAACCCAGAGGCCUAAUCUUGACAGACUGCUGUUCAAGGCCGGUACAAACCGACUGGGUGCCAAAGAACCUCUUAGUGUCACGGAUGAGCGGUUUAUCCAGAAUGUGGUGAAUCAGCUGGGAAGGCACAGCAUCAGCAUGGAGGCUUUAAUGGGCAAAGACCUGGACCAGCUGGCUGAAGUCAUCACAGGGGCUCUGCGGGAGGCGGACAAGCAGCAGCCCGCCGCUGGGGCGCGUCCAGGAGAAGGAGCUGCUGCCUCCAGGGGGGACAUGGACGGUAACAUGGAGCCGCCGGCAGAUACACAACCGAAUCAAGACCAGGUCCUGAAAUCAGACAAAGGGCAGGAUGCAAACCAGAAAGACACACUGGCAACGAAGCAGCAAGGCCAACAAAUAGACGGAGCAGACAAAGAGCCCGUUGACAAGCAUGAGGCCUUCUUCUCCAAGCUGCUGGACUACCUCAACCUGGAGAACUUCGGUGAGGCCUCGGAUGUCAGCGCCGGCCGACCAGCGCCCCUCCAGAAAAUGGUCGGACUGGAGAGCGUCCAUAGCCGGACAAGCCAGGUCCAAGUCCCUGUGCCCCACCGCUGGGAAGAGAAGACCGUGGUCGUGCCUGCGAAAGAUGGCUCCACGCUGCGGCUAACUGGUGGUGGGGGGGGCCCCGUCGCACACGUGGACUCAGAGAUCGAGAGGUUGAUGCAGGGGAUUCAGGCCCCGGCGGGGAGGAAGCAGCCGGUGGAGCCGCAGAAGACGGACAUGAAAGUCAAAACACAGCUGGUCCACGUGGGGGUGAAGGAGUUCUCCAGCAGAGGGAAGGACAGACACUUUGGCUACAUCAUCACCGGAACUGACUCCCUCACCACUGACCAGGGCUUGGACCUCAUGGAGCGGCUGACAAAGGGGCUGGACCUCCAGGCCACAGACCUCACCCAGCUCUCCGUCCUGGGACCCGCGAUGACUUUCAGAGUCGGAGCCAACUCCAGGAACAUCACCACCGCGGAUGUGGUUGAAGUUGCGGUCCGACAGAAGCAGCAGCUGGAGAAGGAGACAGGCCUGAAGAUAGUGGAGGCUGGAGUCAGUGAUAGGGGCAGCCUGACCCAGAUCCCCAUGGUGAAGGAGACCAGGGUGGAGUCGGGCCAGUUCCUGCUGCUCUCCGUCCUCUGCAUGCUCUUCAUCCUGGUGGCGCUGGCCGUGUCCGCCACCUUCUUCUGCGUGCGCCAGCGCUCCCACCUCCACAUGAAGGAGAAGCUGGCCAGCCUGGGGACUGACACCAGCACUGAUGCCACCGCAACCUAUCAGGAGCUGUGUCGCCAGCGGAUGGCGAUCCGGACGUCAGAGCGCGUGGAGCGGCCGGAGACCCUGCGCCACUCGCGGCUCAACAGCGUGUCGUCCCAGUUCAGCGACGGGCCCGCGGCUAGCCCGUCCACCCGCAGCAGCACCUCCUCCUGGUGCGAGGAGCCGGUGCCAUCCAACAUGGACAUCUCCACUGGUCACAUGAUACUGUCGUACAUGGAGGACCACUUGAAGAACAAGAACCGUCUGGAGCGCGAGUGGGAGGCCCUGUGCUCCUACCAGGCGGAGCCCAGCACCUGCAGCGCGGGCCUGGGGGAGCAGAACUCCAAGAGGAACCGCUCCGACGCCGUGGUCGUAUAUGAUCAUUCCAGGAUCACCUUGAAAGCGGAGAACAACCACAGCAACUCGGAUUACAUCAACGCCAGUCCAAUCAUGGACCAUGACCCUCGCAACCCUACUUACAUCUCCUCGCAGGGCCCACUCACUUCCACCGUGGCAGACUUCUGGCAGAUGGUGUGGGAGAGCGGCUGCGUCGUCAUCGUCAUGCUGACGCCACUGUCGGAGAAUGGAGUGAAGCAGUGUCACCACUACUGGCCCGACGAGGGAUCGGAUGUCUACCACAUAUACGAGGUCAACUUGGUGUCCGAGCACAUCUGGUGUGAGGACUUCCUGGUGCGGAGCUUCUACCUUAAGAAUCUGCAGACCAACGAGACUCGCACCGUCACCCAGUUCCACUUCCUGUCCUGGAUGGACCGCGGGAUCCCCGCCUCGGCCAGGACGCUGCUGGACUUCCGCAGGAAGGUUAACAAGUGCUACCGGGGUCGGUCGUGCCCAAUAAUCGUUCACUGCAGUGAUGGAGCUGGCAGGAGUGGGACUUACAUUCUGAUUGACAUGGUCCUCAAUAGGAUGGCGAAAGGUGCUAAAGAGAUUGAUAUUGCCGCUACCCUGGAGCACUUGAGAGACCAGAGAGCUGGCAUGGUCCAGACAAAGGGGGAAUGA